UUGGCAUAGCCUACUCCGGGAGCUGUCAAGCUUAACGGCCAUGGUGGCGGAGAAGACCCUGCUCGCCGCCCGGCAAGGGGACGUGCAAACCCUGAAAGUGCAAUUAGCGGCGAAAGAACUGAGCGACGAUGUCAAAGAUAUUUUGGGGGCAUCGCCCGUCCACCACGCCGCCAGGGCCGGGAAACUGACGUGCCUGCGUUUCCUGGUGGAGGAGGCAGGUCUGUCGGGGAACGGCGUGGCGAACAACGGCGCGAACCCCGCUCACGACGCGGCCGCCACGGGCAACCUCGCCUGUUUACAGUGGCUGCUAACGCAGGGUGGAUGUCGCUCUAUGGACCGGGACAGUUCUGGUGCCACUAUUCUCCACCUUGCAUGCCGCUUCAGUCACCAUGAGGUCACUGAUUGGCUGCUGAAGAGCGGGGAGGCAGACCCCGGCGCUUCAACAGACACUGGGGCCCUCGCAGUCCACUAUGCCGCUGCCAAGGGAGACCUGCCCUCUCUCCGACUGCUGUUUGGCCACAGCCCAAACCUUGUCAACUCCCAAACUAAAAAUGGUGCCACACCCCUCUACCUGGCCUGCCAGGAGGGUCAUCUGGAAGUCGUCCAAUACCUGGCCAAGGACUGUGGGGCGGAUCCAAAUAUCAGAGCCAACGAUGGCAUGACACCUCUGCAUGCUGCUGCUCAGAUGGGCCACAACACUGUCAUAGUCUGGCUGAUGAGUUUUACAGAGGUCAGCCUGACAGACAGGGACAAUGAUGGCGCCACCGCCAUGCACUUUGCUGCCAGCAGAGGCCACGCCAAGGUGCUCAGCUGGCUGCUGCUGCAUGGCGGCGAGAUUGUCACAGACGGCUGGGGUGGGACCCCGCUGCAUGACGCCGCCGAGAACGGCGAACUGGAGUGCUGUCAGAUCCUUGUUGUCAAUGGGGUGGACCUGAGCAUCAGGGAUCAGGACGGCUUCUCAGCAGCAGACCUGGCUGAGUACAACGGCCAUUCCCAGUGUGCCAAGUACCUGCGCACUGUGGAGAAUAUGAGUGUGGAGCACCGCGUGCUGUCCAGGGACCCUUCCACCGACUUGGAGUACAAGCAGCCGGACUCGGGCCUGUCGUCCCCAAACACCACCAUGCCCCCGGCUAACCAGCAGGCCCGUUUUGAGAUCAGCUCCCCCUCCAGCACCCUGUCCAACUAUGACUCAGCCAACUCCAGUCAGACCAGCACUGGGGAGAAGAGGAGCAGCCCCCCGCCCUCCAAAGCCCCACCUGGCACACCAGAGUCGGCCAUUACGGACAUGCAGGCCUACAUGGACAUGCUGAACCCGGACAUACGGUCUGCUGUUCCAAAGAAGGAGCAGUCUAAGCCCCACAUUGAGGCCUCCCAGGCCCCGCCACCACCAGCUUUCCCACCCCCACCUCCACCGCCAACUGUCCAGGUGCCCCCUCCUCCUCCCAGCUACCCGGCGCCCCACCCCCCUCAGGAGCAGGCCUCCGCUGAGUACCUGAAGGUGAAGAGCAACCUGCGACACGUACAAAGUGACGCCAAGAAAAAGGGGUUGGCUCCUGGAGACUCCGACAGACUCCGGCGUGUGGACUCAAACAGGAAGUCGAGGAGCUUCAGCAAGCAGCCCAGCACAGGUGACUACUACAAGACCCUGGGCAACGACACAGAAGAGCGCCGAGGGAGUAGAAGCAUGGCACCCAACGAGGAGGGCUCCGUGUUACUGGAGGAGCCGGCUGAGACGCCCACCACCAACCCUCAGAACAGCAUUGUAGAAGAACUGGCCCCGCACCCGCCCCCUCCGCCACCACCCCCUCUCCCCCCCAGCAACCCCAUGCCGACACCGCCCCCUCCCCCUCCGUUGCCCCCAGAGAUACCUACCACCCCGCAGGCCUCUCCCAGUUGCAACCCCGCCAACGCCAACCACCAGCGGCCAUCUUCUUCUUCUUCAGGAAGCACCAAGUCUUUCAACAUGAUGUCCCCCAAUGGCGACAACUCCGAGCUGCUGGCGGAGAUCAAAGCGGGGAAGAGCCUGAAGCCUACGCCUCACACCCGAGGCUACACCACCGUCUUCUCCAACAGCGGCCCCGCAGGCAGCAAUGGAAACAACACCUCUCCACCAGAGACCCGCACAGCUAGCCCACCGGCCAAGCCAACGUCCCCACCUCCCUCCGUUACACACGUCUCCUCCCCGCCUGCCACCCCCAGCCCCAGCCCCAGCCCGACAGGCUCCGGCUCUGGCAGGGCCAUGUCGACCUCUGCCAGCUACGACCAGCUGUCCUCCGGCUCAGUGGUCAAUGGGAACUGUGGCUGUGGCAGUGGCAGCGUGGUGGGGGCAGAAGCAGGACGGAAGAUGAGUCUGGCGGACGUGGAGGCACUGGUGCCCACUCAUGAUGAACAGGGCAAGGCCAUCCCUGAGUGGAAGAGGCAGGUGAUGGUGCGAAAGCUUCAGGUCAAAAUGCAGGACGAGGAGGACCACAAGCGUAAGGCCGAGGAAGAGGCCGCACGCCUGGCGUCCAUGCCAGCCUGGAGGAGAGACAUCAUGAAGAAGAAAAUAGAAGACGAGAAGAAAGAGGAGGAGCAAGUAAAGCACGCCAAGGAGACAGAGAAGAAGAAUGAGCUGGAUCGACUACGGACCCUGGGCUACGAUGAGACCAAGUUGGCACCGUGGCAGCGGCAGAUCAUCCUGAAGAAAGGGGACAUUGCUAAACAGUGAGCUCGGCCACCCCUCAUCAACCCCACCACCCCUCUGCCCCAUGACAAAAACACAUCACGCAUCCCCGUACCUCUUCCUUGCCUUGCCCCCCCCCCCCCCCCAAAAUCGGGACCAUCAUGCUACAGUUGCCCUUGUCCACACAGGCCCUGAAGCUCGACUCAACCUGAAACACAGCAGAGCAACCAACCAGCCCCCCGUCCCCCCCAUUUUCCAUGUCUCACAGGGGCAAACUGUCGGUCUCUUAGCGUUAACGGUAGCAGUGUCAGAUUCAAAAAGGACUGGAUUAGAAGAUUUGAAUAGAUGAGCUCCCUCUUACUUUCCACUUUCAAGACAUUUGCUCAAGCUAUUUUCAUCUAAAGCAUAUGGAGAUGAUCCUUAGCACCAGAUCUUUUAUUGGCACUCUUUGCUUUACUUUAACUGAUAGACAUUAUUCACGUGGAUGUUCAUAGAAGAUUUACUAACUCAAAAAGGCUUCUGGUAGAUUAAAGAUGGCUAGUGUGGGAGCAAUUGUAUUUUGCCAUGGGGGAAAAUGUGAUUGCAUUUAUAUUUUCCCUUUCUCAGCCACAUUUACCAGUAUAGGGAAAAGGAAAUCUAAACCCACAGCAAUUGUGAAAUGUUCUUAAUUAUGAGAUGGUAUGUUGAUCAACAUAAUCAGCAACAGCUUCUUGCCGCCUGAAGCAGCUAAUGCACACUGUACGUAGACCGUAUCACUAUCUCCAAGGAUAUCAUGUUAAGUACUUUACCUAGUAAUGAGAUUUUUGUAUUGACCUAAUAGCAGCAUUUUCUAAAUGGCUUCAUCUGACUGCCAGAACUGUAACUCUUGUCAAGAAGUUGUCAGUGUACAAGGUAAUCUGUGUUUCCUGAGGCCAGGAGGAAUUUAUUUUUGUGCAUAUGCAGAAUAGUAAUAUAUUGUGAUUCAAAUCAGGCAAAGAUCACACAACCAUACAAAUUUAAAUGAUUUCAUUUAUUAUCAUUGGACAGAAAACCCCAGGUUUGUUUUCUAUGUAAAUCCUACAUGUUAAGUUGUUAUGAUCGUGAAUGUUGUGUGCAUGUGUUGAAUAAUGUGUCUCAUGGAUGUUGUGAUAUCUUACUAAACACAUUUGGGCUGUGUUAGACAAAUUUCAACCACGGUUCACAAUCAUGUCAAACAAUGUCCAUAGCAUUUAUAAACAUUCUUACUCAGAGACCAUUAAAAAGUUAAAACUAUUCUACAAUAAUUUUAAUUUGAAUCUAACUCUUAUUUUUGAUUUUUUUUUUUUAUAUAUAAUGCAAAUACACACAGAGAGCACUGUCUUGCACCUGACAUCUCAUCUGUGCACUGAAUAUUGCAAAAGCAGAGAAAACAUCACUUUGUCUUGUGUCCUAUUCCGGGCCUUGUCCAACUAACCCAAUGGGGUGAAUCAUUGAUGAGCAGAUCUUCUUACCCGCAGAAGAGAGUGUUUGUUCUCUUGUCUACCAGAGACCCACACACACAGUCAUUACCACAGCUUCUCCUCUGCAAAAUCAAAUAGUCUAAAAUGUCUUCCCCUUCAAUGAUGCUACAUAUGUUUGAGUGCUCGCCUCUUACCCCUUGCAUUAAUGUGAUUUCAAUCCCAGUUUGAUGCUUUUGGCUGCAACAUCCCACCAAUUAUGGCCAUUAAUUUGCGCCACAAUAUGAGGACUUGUUUCAUGGGAUUCCUUCUAUACCUGGCUGUGGUUCAGGGUACAUAUCUCAACCAGAAAAAUCAGAAUGUGUCGCAUCACAGAGCUCCCAGAAACAACAGUCAAUUUAAAGAAGUGGUCCUUUUUUCACUAAUGCUCGGAUUUCCUCAUCGCCUUGGUUUCAUCCAUCUGUAGAUGUGGUUCAAUCAGUCUGGGAUUAAAGUAGGAAAUAUUGGGAAUUUUAUCAUAGAACAUCGGAGAGCCUUGAGUCUGUGUGCCGCCAUGUUGUCCCCAUCAGAAUCGUGCCGGAUGUGUCUUUCUGAAUGUGUUUAUAAAUUCAUCCCCCAAAAUAUUUAGAAAUAUGUUGUAUGUUUACUGCAUCAAUGGUACAUUUUUUGAAAGUGUAGCGUUAUCAAAUGCACACCUCACGUUAUCACAAGACACAGUCAUUGUUGAGCGAUCAUUUGGAAAUACUCAUUUAAUUUCAUUGGAUGCCAUAUUGAUGUUAAAAUUAAAAACUACGUAAGCAUCAUUGCCAUUUGAUUUUCUAUGCAUAAACUCUGUAUAUAGUAAACCCUGUAAUCUUUGUUGUUUCAUUGUUCCCUUAUUAAGUCAAAUUACAUUUCUCAGCCUUGCUUGAAUAGAAUGUGGGCUAAUUAUUGUAUAACUAUAUUUUCAGACUGUCAAAAUUUAAGA